CUGCCACGCCGAUUCUACACUUCCGGUGUCAUGUCUGCCUACACGUGGGGCUCAUGUUAAAUUAGAUUACAGAAGUGUAUGUUAUUAUUUGUGCGUAAAAACUAUCGCUAUGAUGGUUGGCUUGUUCAGUCUUUCUAAUCACAGUCUGUGUUGAUUUAUAGUGUUAACUACCGGUAUAGAGUAGUAAACAAGACAGAAGUAAAUAGUUUGGUCUUUUGGCUUUUUUUUCCUGAUAACUAGUACAAUGACAGAAACAGCAAAGAAGAAGAGCUUUGCUGAGCAACAGCUUCUCCGUCACGGCUGGGAGCAAGGUAAAGGUCUUGGAAGGGCUGAGAAUGGCAUCUCUGAAGCAAUCAAAGUUAAAGUGAAAUGUGACAAAGGAGGGGUUGGCCAUAAAGAAAGUGAGCAAUUCACAUUUCACUGGUGGGAUCAUGUGUUUAACAAGGCAUCUACCAAUUUAUCUGUGGAGUCAGACCAGAAUGGAGUGGUGUUGAAGAAAACGGAGGAAGAAGACGAUGGAAUGGUUUCUAACAAGAAGCCUCGUAAGGCCCUAAUGAACAAGUCAAUGCUCUAUGGAUGCUUUGUCAAGUCUGCUACGCUCCUCUCAGGGCAGGAACAGCCUGAAGUAAAAUCAUCUGGCUCUGAGGACAGUAGCUCUGAGGACGAAGAGAAGCUAGACCUUUCCAGCACCAAGAAUUUAUCUGAUGCACAGCUGAUGAAAGCAUGCGGAGGACGAACUGCACAUAAAGGUGCCAGACAUGGUCUUAUGAUGAGUGCCAAGCUAGCCAGACUGGAGCAACAAGAGCAAGAGUUCAUAGCAAAAUAUGGCAAGAAAAAGCAGAUGGACAAAACCACACCUCUGAGUGAUGCAGCACUCACUGAGCUUAGUUCUUCAUUAGACCAGGAGAGGGCAGAGAAAACCAAACAGAAGAAAGCCAAGAAAAAAAAGCAGUGCUGAGAUGAGCCCAAAGAGAAUGGGGCCCAAGACAACAGUGAAUCUUCACAGGAACACAAGGAGAUGUCGAAAAAGCGAAAGAAACGGUCAAAAGACAAAGUUGAUUUAGAAUCUGAAGAUGCAGCAGAUUCUUUUGUGGACCCAAAGAGAAAGACAAAAAAGACCCAACUUGUGCAGGAAGAGGAAAGUACAGAGAUGCAGGAAGAGAUAACUGAACAUCAACCAACAGAGGAAAGUGUCUUUAAGAAGAAGAAGAAGAAGAAACACACAGAAAAAAGUACUGCGCCGGUCAGUGAAGAGUCUGCGGAAAAACCAGAGAGUCGUGAGCUUCAGCCAGAACCUGAUGCCUGCAAGAAGAGGAAAAAGAAAUCCUCCAAGGCAAAUAAAGACAAGCCGCCAGCUACAGAAAUAGACAGCUGCUGUAGUUUAGACAUCAGCACAGCAGAGAUUGUUCUUUCUCUACAAUCACAACCAAAAAAAAGGAAACGCAGAGAAGAGGAACUAGAGACAGUGACUGAGAAUAGAGCCAUUAAAAAAACAUCUGAAAAGAAGAAAAAGAAGCAUACAGAUUGAUGGUUUCUGGUGAAUUAUGUAAAUGCAAUGUCAUAUGUUGAACUUGUCCACUUUAUUAGGAACACCUGUUCCUUCAUGUACUCAUGUACUUCAUGUAGUUCUCAAAUCAGCCAUGCACAUGCAGGUCACAAGCUUCAGUUAAUGUUCACGUCAAUGAAAUGAACAGGAAAAGUGUGACUUAUGCACAAAGUGAGUAAUGAAUGAUUUUAUGAUCUGAAAAGUGAUCCUUUUUUAGGGGAUCUAAAUGUACUGUUUGUACUGCACUGCAUCAUGACUUUUUAAAUUCUUUUUCAGUUUUUCUAUCCUGUUCUAAAUUAGUGAAUUUCAGGUCUGGUUCAUUCUCAUCAUAUCCUCUCCAUGAACUUGCUCAGUGUUUUAUGAAGUCACCUAUUUGAAUUAUUUGUGAUUUUAUAUUUUUUAAUUUACUAAAUUAUCUUUAGAUUUAAAGGCCAUUUUGAUUAAAUAUA